AGCCGUCUCAGCACCUUUCCCCCUGCGAAGACCUGGGAGGGCAAAGGCAUCCUUCUGCGGGGACCUUCCCACCGCUCCCAGUGGGUUCAGCCUUCUCUCUCCGCUGCCUUUCCCGCAAGCGUGAAGCCCCCAUCCUCUCGAGUUAACGUGGAGGCCCUGCUGCUUUCCUGAGCAAAAUCCCAGGUCUGAGCGGCGAGGGUCGAUCAAGCAGCCAGAAGAAUCCCCCGGACGUUGAUGAGAAAUUGGGGACACCCCAAGGACUCUGGACCAUUGGAGAGAUGGCUAACCCUGUCCCGUCAGCCUGCUGCGUGGUGCUCGCCGCGGUGGUGGUGGUCUACGCCCAGAGACACAGCCAGCAGGACAGCCACAUCCAGUACGAGCGGGUAGGCGCAGAUGUGACCAUGAAGUGUGGCUCCAUGGAUUGGGACACAGCUGUGGCCUGGAAGGCCAAUGGCACCGACAUCGACGAGUCCCACCUGAACGGGUCCUACCUGAUCCUGAAGAACGUCGACCUGACGCAGAGCGGCCAGUACUCCUGCUACGAGGGCUCCUCCUGGCACCUCAAAUACCAGACCUACCUGAUGGUGGGAACCCCCCCGAAGGAGCCAGUGCUGAUGUGCCGGUCCAACAGCUACCCAAAGGGUUUCUACUGCAGCUGGCACCUGCCCACCCCCACCUACAUCCCCAACACCUUCAACAUCUCCGUCAUACACGGCACAAAAGAGAUGGUCUGCGAGAAGGAUGUCUUUCCCAAAAACAGGUGUCACAUCAAAUACCUCCAGCUCUUCUCGACGGUGAAGUACAAGGUGACUCUGACAGUCACGAAUGCUCUGGGCAAAAACUCCACCACUCUCACCUUUGACGAGGUCGCCAUAGUAAAGCCGGAUCCUCCAGAGAGCGUGGUGGCCAAACCUGUGCCCAAUAACCCUCGGAGGCUGGAGGUGUCGUGGCAAAACCCCUCGUCCUGGCCUGACCCCGAAUCUUUCCCGCUCAAGUUCUUCCUGCGGUAUCGGCCCCUCAUCCUGGACCAGUGGCAACAUGUUGAGCUGUCAGACGGGACAUCCCACACCAUCACGGAUGCCUAUGCUGGCAAGGAGUACAUCAUCCAGGUGGCGGCCAAAGACAAUGACAUUGGCACGUGGAGUGACUGGAGCGUGGCUGUCCAUGCCACCCCCUGGACGGAGGAACCCAAGCAUCUCACCACGGAGGCCCAGGUCACAGAGACAACGAGCGCUAGCACCUCCUCUUUCAUGCCGCCCCCCACCACCAAGAUCUGCGACAAGGGGGCUGUGGUGGGCAGCGGGGCCGUGGCAGUGUGUUGGACAGCUGGACUGGUCUUGGCUGCCUAUGGUGUCCUCUUUAUUUAAUCCCCGUCUGUCCAUCCGUCGCAGCCCAGCGCAGACGCCCUCCCACCACCCACCGCC